AUGAAAUUAUUUUUAAAAUUAUUUCUUUUAUUUACUUUAAUUGUAUUGGUAUUUUCAAAAAAUUCCAAUGAUAUGACAAACUCAAAAUUUUAUGAAAAUUUUAUUAAAGAUCAAUUAAAAAUCUCUAACAAACAAAAAGUAGAGGCUUUAGAUAAAGCAAUUGCUGGUGCUCAGGAUACAUUCUCUCCAAGUAUUUUUGAUAAAUUUGGUGCUUUUUCUGGCUUGUUAGGUUUGAUUCCAUAUGUUGGUACUGGGUUUAGCACGAUUUUUGAUAUGGGAUUAAGCUAUGGAAAUGCCAAAUUGAUGAAAGAUCUGGUUAAACAAUUAAUUCUCGAUAUCAAUAACCUUAUUGAAGAACAAAUCAAUGACAAAUUUUUUGAAUAUACCACCAAAAACUUUGAGAGUAUUCAAGAAAUCAUUCAAGAACUAGAAAAAACAAUUAUUAGCUACGAAAAUUCGGAAUGGCAGAAUAUCACUGACUCCAAUGCUAUAAUAAGCAAAAUUGAUUCCAUUCAUACAGCUUUUGUCCGAACAAAAUUUUUGUUUGAUGAAAAAAAUAACUUUGUCCAACUCCCAAUGUAUACAUUGUUUGCACAUUCACACAUUCAUUUUCUUAAUUCAGUAUAUAAAAAUAAAGAAAGGUAUAGAAUUAACUCUGCAAUAUUUCAUUUUUUGGAACCAAAUUACUUUUUUGAAAUGAAGAGCCAAUACUAUAAGGAAAUUUCAGAUUCUCUCUUUAGAUCUUAUGAAGAAUUAAGAUACAAUAUAGAUUCAAAUAAAGUUGAAGGAAAAACAGAACUUAAUCACUAUAUAAUAUUUGCUAACUGGGCUGAUUCUUAUGUAUUAAAACUAAUAAACACUUGGUGGGCUGUAGACCCCUAUAGUCUUCCAAAAGGUGUUAUUUUGGAAAAUGCCAAGAUCACGUUAUCAGAAAUUAUUGGUGAUGUUGGAGAAAAUAAUGACAGAUAUUUUAAACCAUGGGAUAUCCAUCAAAUAGCUACUCUUUUGGAUGGGAAAAAUAUGUAUGCAUAUGAAGGAAAAUUACUUGAAGUCACCACAAGAGAAAACAGCUUUUUUAUGCAGAUAUAUUUAGCUAAAUUGUGGUUACCCUUUAUGAAGUAUGUCAGCUCUUCAAACUACUUAAUAAGACAAAGAGAGAAAGUGGAACAAUACGGUUUAGGUCUUGCAUAUGAUGAUGGUAAUAAUGGCGGUGCAGAACACCCAAUUCAAACAUCACCUGUAGUUCGUCCAAUUGGCAAAAUUAAUGGUGUCUACUAUUCUUUUUUAAAAGAUUUCCCAUUUGUAUAUGGUUUUUCAUUAUUAAAAGAUGGAAAUAAUAUUUAUUCUUAUGGUAAAGAUUAUGAUAAGGAAGGAACUGCAAAAACAAUUUCUUUUGAAGGCAAAACUUUAAAUAAAUUGAUUCCCACAAACUAUUUGUAUAAUAGUAGUCCAAACGGAUUAGGAAAAGGAUUUGCUAUGGUGAAUGGUGUAAUUAUGUGCUUUGUCGAUGAAGACAUUAUAGAUGCCAAUAUAAUUAUUCAAGGAGGUGCAACCCAAGUGGACUCUCAAAAAUACUAUCAUUCAACAAAUAAAAUGUACUAUUCCAACGAAUAUUUCAAUCCAUCGAAAAUGCUUUUUACUGGUAUUGGUUCUUUACAAUUCGAAUCUCAAUCUAAACUAAGCUAUCAAUUAACCUUUACUUCAUAUGAUAGAAAACCAAGAGCAUUUAAAAUCUUUUUAAGAGGAAAUCCAAUGGUUGUUGGUAAUUUAGAACUCCAUACAUACCAAGCAACAGGUUCUGUUCAAAGCUGUGUCGAAUACGUUGGAAAUUUUAAAGCAUCUGGUCUUUAUAGGCAAACAGAAGGAUAUCUUUGGGAAAUUGCAACUGUCACUCUUGAAUCAACAGACCAAAACUUUAUAAUGAUCGAAAACAUUGGUAUAUCAAUUGCAUUCAACAGUUUAAUUGUUAAAGAUUUAGAUUAUUAA